AUGCGACCUUAUCAAAGAAGUCAUAGUGCACAAACGGUUAUAUCAGAACCAUUUGUUACGGUAUCUCCAGAAUUAAAUAAUCGACCACCUAGAAGACGUAGAAGACCACCAUUUUCUUAUUCAUCGUUAAUAGCUCAAGCUAUCUUAGAUUCACAAGAUCGAAGAUUAACAUUACGAGAAGUUUAUCAAUGGAUAAUGGAACGUUAUCCACAAUUAUACAAAGCUGAUGAUACUGGUUGGCAG